AUGUCCACAUUCACCUCCAUGGAGUGCCUCAAGGAUAACUUCGUCAAGGGCCGCCUUCUGGAUGGUCGAUUCCGUACUGUGGCCCCGCUCAAUCACGGUUCGUUCGGAAUGGUCUUUCUCGCAAUGGACACCACGACCGGCCAGGAAGUUGCCAUCAAGUGCCUGACCAAGACGGCGUCCACCGACUUGCCUGCCCCACUCGCUGUUGAUGACCGGUUUGAGGAAUUGGAGUGCCACAAGCAGUUCGGUUUUCACGCCAAUUUGGUCAAUUUGAUACACAAUUUCGAGACCGAGCACCACACCUACCUCGUCUUGGAAUAUUGUGCCAAUGGUGAUCUAUAUGAGGCCAUUCGUUUGAACCGCGGUCCAUUGGAGACCGAGCAUGUGCGGGAUUUCAUGCUCCAGCUGAUCCAUGCUGUCGAAUACAUGCAUGCCAAUGGCAUCUAUCAUCGUGACAUCAAGCCUGAGAACAUCUUCUUGACUUGUCAUGGCGACAUGAAGCUUGGUGAUUUUGGUCUUGCUACCCGAGAGUCUCGGUGCUACGAGGCCUGCGUUGGCAGCGAUCGCUACAUGGCCCCGGAGCAGUACGAACCGACUGCCACAGGCUACUCACCCGCUCAGGCAGACAUUUGGUCUGUGGGUAUCUGUCUGUUGAACAUUCUGUUUGCUCGCAACCCCUUUGUGACACCUACCGAGUCCGACGUUCUUUUUGCGGACUACGUGCGUGACCGCCAGUCACUAUUUGACAUCUUCCCCAAUAUGUCUCAGGACACUUUUGAGAUCCUGACUCAUGCCCUUGCCAUUGACCCGACCAAGCGUUCUUUGGCCGAGGUCCGCCAGUCCAUUAUGCGUGCGGUUUCCUUCACCACUGAUGACGAGUCUCUGGAUGAGUUCUGUACCGAGGACCGUGAGGUGGUUGCUGCCAGUGCCAACCGCGAGCCCCUCCGCACGCCCUCCAUCCAGAGCCCACACGUCAACCAAGGCGAUUCGUUCCCUUGGGCCAAGGCUUUGCAGUCCAGCCCACCUCAGGCCAUCCGCCAGCUGUCUGUUAUCCCGGACAACGAGAGCUAUACCGAAGACCUGUUCCCUCCUUCGGAGGUGGCUGGUACGUCGUGGUUCUCUGUUCACCCAGACACCCCAUCGAUGGCCUCGGUCCUGGAUUCCGCCAUGGGCGAGUCCUUCCGCUCGCAUCACCUUGGUGGAAAGCGCGAAUCUCCCUUCCUCCCUCGAUCCGAUCCAGUCCCCAUUACCGGAUCCCUUCCCAGCCAUGCUAUCAAACCCCUGCCAUCGCUCUCGAUGGUGUUUGGCAAGCAUGCGAAUGAUCAGAUUUCCAAGAGCUGGAGUGAUCUUUGGGACGAGGAGGAAUCGGAGAAUGAAGAAUCCGCGCUUCAGCUGCGCCGUGAGCAGAACUCUCGUAGCUGGAGCAUGGAAAGCCAGGAUACCCGCCUGCCGGAUUCUCUGGCGGGAUUGCGCGAGCCGGACUCCGCUACCCCUAUCGAUGAAACUCCUACCCUGGAUGCUCAGCCGACCGCACCCCGUGCCAUCCGUGCCAAGUCCCUGGAUCUCGACAGCGACCCUGGAACUUCAAGCAGCACGCCUCGCCCCUUCCACCAGCCGUCAUCGCCACCCAAGAGACCCUCCAACGUCGACAAAUGGGCCGAACUGGGCGACAAGCGCCGCAACUAUAAGACCCGUGAGCUCUUUGGUCCCCUGAGAGUCGUCAACAACUCGCGCCGUGAUUGGGGCCUCGGGUCUUCCGGAUUUGAUCGUGGAUCCCGGACUAAGCGUGAGUCGCCUCAGUCUGAGCGCCGGCGCCGGUUGUUCCUCGAGAGGGACUGGCGCCGCGAGGGCGUGGAACUUCCCAAGCAUUCGCCCAUGAAGUUUUCGCCUUAUGACGGAAGCGUCGACGAAGACCUUGAUCUCGUGGGCGGAUGGCACGACCUUCACCUGUAG